CAGCCGCUGAAUUGUUUCUACAAUCACAUUUUUCAUUUUCCCACUAAAUUAUCCAUUUCAUUCUUAGCAUCCCAACAGCAUCAACACAAUCCAAACCCUUAAUUCCCAGUUUUCCACUGUUCCCCGCGCGAACACAAUCACCCGGCCGAUGAAUAGAAGCUUCUCCCUCCGGUAAGGUUGAUUGUUGUUUCACCUUUCCGUUGUUGGUUCAACAAACAGCGAUGGCGAGAUUCGCUCACCCUCUCAGUAUCUUCACACAAUCCCAUUACUGGCGCCCACUUCUGUGUUGCCACUACUUCAAACGUACCCUAACUGCUAGUACUAACUUCUCCUCCCUCACUACAUUAGCUCGAAGGGAUCAAUCACAAGAGGGAGGAACAACCACAGUUAAGCUUUCAACCAAAGCGAGAAGAAAAGCUUUCUAUGAAUCUCCUGAAGGGGUCUUAUUGCGUAAGCUAAACCAGUGCUCAAGGGAGGGAGAUGUUGUUCAAGCCCUUUGCCACUAUGAUGAGGCCAGAAAAUUGGGGGUUGUACUCAACCUUGAUCACUAUAACAAAUUGUUAUACUUAUGUUCUAUUGAAAAUGCUGAUGUUGCCCAAAUGGGUCUCAAAAGGGGGUUUGAGAUAUUUCAGCAGAUGUUGAAUGACCGAGUUCAGCCCAAUGAAGCCACCUUUACCAAUGCUGCCAGGCUUGCUGCUGCCAAGGAAGAUCCUGAUAUGGCUUUUGAAUUGCUAAAGCAGAUGAAGAAUGUUGCUAUUGUUCCCAAGCUAAGAUCGUAUGAACCAGCUUUGUUUGGAUUUUGCAAGAGGGGUGAUGCUGAGAAAGCUUAUCUAGUUGAUGCUGACAUGAUUGAGUCUGGUAUUGUGGCUGAAGAGCCUGAGCUUUCUGCUCUUUUGGAAGUCAGUGUCAAAACAAAGAAGGAAGACAGGGUAUAUGAGAUUUUGCACCGUUUGCGCGCUACUGUGAGACAGGUGUCUGAAACAACUUCACGGAUAGUUCAAGACUGGUUCAACUCAGAAUAUGCUGCAAAAAUUGGAAAGGAGAAGUGGGAUGUGAAUAAAGUGAGGGAAGGGAUUAUUCAGGGAGGUGGAGGAUGGCAUGGUCAAGGGUGGCUUGGGAGUGGGCGAUGGAAAAUGGUGGAGACUCAGGUGAACGAGGAUGGUGUGUGUCUCUCGUGUGGUGAGAAGCUUGUGAGCAUUGAUAUUGAUCCAAAAGAGACCGAAACCUUUGCUGCCUCAUUAUCUAAAUUAGCUUGCCAAAAAGAAGCCAAGGAAAGCUUUGUUCAUUUUCAGAAGUGGCUUGAGCGGCAUGGCCCAUUUGAUGCUGUUGUAGAUGGUGCAAAUGUAGGCCUUUCCAAUGGGCAUAAUUUCAGUUUUUCGAGGCUUAAUACUGUUGUUGAACAAUUACGUCAAAUAAGCCCUUCCAAGAGAUUCCCCCUUGUAAUUUUGCAUGCAAGCCGAGUAUAUGGUGGUCCUGCUCAAAAUCCAAAAAACAGGAGACUUAUAGAAAAUUGGAAAAAAAAUGGUGCUCUUUAUGCUACACCUCAAGGUUCAAAUGAUGACUGGUACUGGUUAUAUGCUGCUGUUAGUUGUAAAUGCUUACUGUUAACAGAUGAUGAGAUGAGGGACCACUUGUUCCAGCUACUUGGUUCUAGUUUUUUCCCGAGAUGGAAGGAAAAGCAUCAGGUUCGAGCAUCAACCUCAACUUCUGGAGGCUCCCUAAUCAUGCCUCCAUGUUAUUCUAUAGUUAUUCAGGAAUCGGCCAAUGGUAGCUGGCACGUGCCAACUAUAACUAGUGAUGAUCCUGAGAUCCCAAGGAAAUGGUUGUGUGCCGCAAGAUCCAAAAACAAUUCAUUGCAUAGUGUAUGGACAUCCUCCUCCAAGUCUGAGUGAUUGCACAUGAGGGAGGCAUAUCUUCAUCUUCUUGGUUUGUUUUCAGUAUUCAUUCCAGUUUUUUGUCAUCUUGAGUUGCAGUUCCAAGCAGCUGUGGUGAACUUAAGGCAUAAGAUAUAGAGCUGCUACCAGUUUCCCUUCUUUAUUCUGUAAUUUAUAUAUAUUUUUGGCUCAAUUGUUUUUCCCUUAGCUUCAGGCUGCCCAAAAAGGAAGAAAGCUUCUCCAUCCUCUUAAAAUAUUUUUAAAUUUUCCUUAAUAGCUCUGCCUGUAUUCAUAAUUCUGGUGGGUGAAGCUGAUUUGUCCCAUGUAUUUUGCUCAAGAUCCUUAGGUCAAGUAGCAUUGAGUUACUUUAGGAACUGAUUCAGUCUAAUACCUACAAUUCAGUUUGCCUCUGUA